AUGGCUACAGAUUGGCUUGGAAGCAUCGUCUCAAUCAGUUGUGGAGACAGCCUGGGAGUCUACCAGGGAAGAGUGUCUGCUGUGAAUCAAGCUAGCCAGACAAUUUCACUCACACGGCCUUUCCAUAACGGAGUCAAAUGUUUGGUACCCGAGGUUACUUUCAGGGCUGGGGACAUCACCGAGUUGAAGAUUCUGGAGAUUCCAGGCCUUGGCGAUAACGGACAGUGUGGAGAUUUCCAGCACCCCGACCUUGGCAUUCCCGCUCUCGAGGGCCUGGGUGGUGCCAGUCAGAACGGCACUGGCAAAUUGCUGAAGAAGCCCAGCAGUGCCCCCCAGAACAUCCCCAGGAGAACCGAUGCCAAGAGCCAAGAGGUUGCCCUUUCUCCCCAGCUGCACCCGUGUUCUAAGAGCUACGUGGAUCGACACAUGGAAUCCUUGAACCCCUCAAAAAACUUCCGCCGCAGGCACAACUCGUGGUCGUCCAGUAGCCGCCAUCCCAACCAGGUGACCCCGAAGAAAAGCGGCCCCAAGAACGGCCCGAUGAAGAACAAGGACGACGAGUGCUUUGGGGACGACAUUGAAGAGAUCCCGGACACCGACUUUGACUUUGAGGGGAACCUGGCCCUUUUCGACAAGGCCGCCGUGUUCGAGGAGAUCGAGACCUACGAGAGGAAGAGCGGGACCCGCUCCCGAGGCACGCCGAGUGAGAAGGCCGCCCGUUAUCGCCACGAUGAGAACAUCCUGGCGUCUGAGCCCAUCGUGUACAGGAAGAUCACCGUUCCCCAGCCGAGCAAAGAGUUCUGCACUGAUUCUGGGCUGGUGGUCCCAAGUGUCUCCUACGAGCUACACAAAAAGCUGCUUUCCGUGGCUGAGAAACACGGCUUGACGCUGGAGCGAAGGCUGGAGAUGGCGGGGGUGUGUGCCAGCCAGAUGGCGCUGAGUUUGCUCGGAGGACCCAACAGGCUGAAUCCCAAAAACAUUCAUCAGCGACCUACCGUUGCCUUGUUGUGCGGCCCUCACGUGAAAGGGGCCCAGGGAAUCAGCUGUGGGCGACACCUCUCCAAUCACGACGUGGAUGUCAUUCUCUUCCUCCCCAAUUUCGUCAAGAUGCUGGACUCCAUCACCAACGAGCUGACCCUGUUCGGCAAGACGCAAGGCCAGCAGGUGUCCAGCAUUAAAGAUCUCCCAGAGACGCCUGUGGACCUCGUGAUAAACUGCUUGGACUGCCACGAAAACGCUUUCCUGAGGGACCAGCCUUGGUACAAGGCGGCCGUAGACUGGGCCAACCAGAACAGAGCCCCCGUCCUCAGCUUGGACCCUCCCGUGAACGAAAUGGAGCAAGAGGUCGACGCCAAGUGGUCGCUGGCCUUGGGACUGCCGUUGCCCCUGAGCGAGAGGGCCGGCCGGCUAUAUCUCUGCGACAUCGGCAUCCCCCGGAAAGUGUUCCAGGAGGUGGGCAUAAAUUACCACUCGCCUUUUGGCUGCAAAUUUGUCAUCCCGCUGCACUCGACCUAA